AUGUCUGCCUACACUGGAUUCCAAAAAUCAGGUUAUGGCCAAGGGGGCGAUGACUCGGGCGGUUUCUUUGCUGGAGGCUCACAGCAGGGCAGCCAGGGCGGCGGUGGCGGCAAGUCAUACCAAGAUGAGUCUUUGCGCCCCGUCACCAUCAAGCAGAUCCUCGACGCCGAGGAGGCCUUCCAGGGCGCCGACUUCAAGAUCGACGGCUCCCUCAUCACCCAGAUCACAUUCGUCGGCCAGAUCCGCAGCGUGACCCCCCAGCCCACAAACAUCACCUUCAAGAUCGACGACGGCACCGGCCAGAUCGAGGUCAAGAAGUGGGUCGACGCCGACAACAACAACGACCCGGAGUUCGAGCUCGACUCGCACGUCCGCGUCUGGGGACGCCUCAAGUCCUUCAACAGCAAGCGGCACGUCGGCGCCCACGUCAUCAGGCCUGUCGAGGACUUCAACGAGGUCAACUACCACAUGCUCGAAGCCACAUAUGUUCAUCUGUACUUUACCAAGGGGCCCCUUGGUGGUCAGGGUGGUGCCAACGGCGAAGGAGAUAGCAUGUUUGUCGACGGUGGCGGCUACAACGACCAGGCUGGUGGAAACGCAGCACCUUCGAAACUGUCCGGAUGCUCUGGCCUAGCCAAGAAGAUGUUUAGCUUUAUGAACGACGCUCCUGGCGGCAACGAGGGUGUCCAUAUCAACGGAAUUACCAGCUCUACUGGCCUGUCAGUGAGAGACGUUCUCACCGCUGCAGACGAGCUGCUCGGCCAGGGUCUCAUUUACACAACGGUCGACGACGAGACAUGGGCAAUCCUCGAGUACUAG